CUCCCCUGGGCGGGGCGAUGCUGGCGAUGGCGGCGGCGCUGGGACCCCGCGAGGCGGCGGCGGCAGCGCGAGCCCUGGCGGCUCCGGCAGAGGCUUUCGGGAAUGAUCCCCGUGUAGAGCUGGCUUGGGCCAUGAAGGCCCACCAGCACGCCCAGGUCUACUUCAACCUCAUCUCCUCUGUCGAUCCCAAAUUCCUCAACCUCACCAAGGCUGAUGACCAGAUCUACAACGACUUCAGGAAAACCUUCCAGGAUCUCAAAGUCGACAUGCUCGACCCAGAAGAGCUGAAAUCAGAACCUGCCAAGGAGAAGUGGCGCCCGUUCUGCCUGCGGUUUGAGGGGGUGGUGGAGGAUUUCAACUAUGGCACCCUGCUCCGCCUGGACUGCCGCAAGGACUACACUGAGGAGAACACCAUCUUUGCCACCAGAAUCCAGUUUUUCGCCAUCGAAAUCGCUCGGAAUAGGGAGGGCUGGAACAGUGUUGUCUACAACAGUGCGAGGGAGCCGGCAGCGGACACAGCGGAGGAACCAGUGUCAGGGUGAGGAUGGGACGAGCUCACCAGGCACUGAGCUGAAGGGCAGGGGGAGAGUGGGGUUGUUCCUGCCUUCCCUGCUCCUCCAAGCUCAGAUUCCAUUUGCAGAUUGUAAAUAAAUGUUUUAAACUGAA